AUGGAACCAAAAAUCGUCUUUGAUAUUUCCAAAAAUGAACAUUUCAAACUUUUAGAGAAUUACAAAACUCUUCAUCGCAAAAUUAAGAUUGGUAUGAAGGUUGAAAUGAACAAAGGAGAAAUUAAUCCAGAAGUACUGAAAUCCGUAAAAAUCUUCGUUUUAGCAGGACCUCAAGAAAAGUUCACGGAAGCUGAGUUCCAAUAUUUGAAGGAUUAUGUCGCGAACGGCGGAAAUUUGCUUUUGAUGCUUGGCGAAGGAGGAGAAACUGAUUAUUUUAAUACAAAUGUCAAUUUUUUGCUUGAGGAAUACGGAAUGAGUAUCAAUAAUGAUUCCGUCGUUCGUCCCCAUUAUUAUAAAUAUUUCCAUCCGAAAGAAGCUUUGAUCUCAGGUGGCGUAGUUCCCAAUAAGAUCAUCAAAAGCCUUCUUAGCAACAAUAAAAACGUCUCAAGUACCCUUCAGUACAUGGAAGACAAGUACAAAAUUGAGUUCGUUUAUCCCUUCGGAGCGACGAUGAACGUUGUGGCGCCCUCUAACGUCAUUUUAACAACAGGCCCUGUCGCAUAUCCCUUCAACCGGCCAAUCGCAGGUCUUUUUGUCAACGAAAAAGACGGAAAAAUUCUCGCAACCGGAUCCGGACACAUGUUCAGCGACAAAUAUAUCACGCACGACACAAAUAUGAGUUUGUGGGACGAAUUUAUGAACGUGCUGCUCGACAAAAGUCCCUUAUCGAGCACGGAAUUCACCGAUACCGAAAUUUACGACUACACAAUCAUCCCCGAUACGAUUUAUUUGGCGGAACAACCGAAAAUUUGUCUUGUCGAGUCGCUGGAUUGCGAUAUUCCGUCGGAUUUUAAGCAAAUGUUUGACAUGUCUCUGCAUUCGAUCAACAAUAAUUUGCUCCGAGAUGUCAUCGGGGCCUAUGAGAAGCUCGAUGUGAAGUACGAACCGCUGAAAAUUAUCAAGCCGCAGUUUGAAAUUCCUCUUCCGCCGUUGCAGUUGGCGGUUUUUCAGACAGUUUUUAGUGAUUUGAAGGCGCCGCCGUGUGAGUUAUUUGACUUGGAUGAGGAAUUUAGUUCGAGCAAGGCGCAAAUUACGCAGUUGACGAAUAAGUGUCUUGCGUCGGCAUUGAGCGACGAUGGAAAGACGUCGAAACCGGUGAAUGAAAAGGAGUUGGAAUAUUUUAUACAGGAGUGUGGGAGAGUUUUGAACAUUUAUCCGGAGGAUCAGAAAUGGCCGGCGAAGGAAAUUAUUCAUUAUAUUGGAGUGAGAAUUGCGCAAUAUAAGAAACUUGACAGAGAUUAA